AUGGACUCCGACGCAGAGUCGAACUUUGAUGACUUCCAACAAGAUGACUCCGACGCGUUCUCGCCCGAGCCUACACAGGCUUUCUCCAACUCACCUGCUUACGAGUCGCAGAAGCCCAAGCCCAAGGCUGCCGUGAAGAAGGCGACAGCAGCAAAGCCUGCCAAGGCUGUGCCAAAGAAGAUGGUCCAGACAACGCUCAAGUCAAAGGCGCCACCUAAGAAACGCGCGAAGCCAGAGAGCGACGAUGAUGACGACGGUGACUUUGGUGGCGACAUGUCCAACACGCCUCCCAAGAAGCAAAAGACAGCCGCUGGCUCAAAGAAGUCCAGCGGCAAACCUCUGGGUGAAAUCGAGAAUGAUAGCUUCGUGCAACUCGAUGGACCCUCGGGGUCCCGAACCACCAAGACUGCCACCGAGACCUACCAGAAGCUCACCCAACUCGAGCACAUCAUCAAGCGGCCUGACACGUAUAUCGGAUCCGUCGAGCGCACCGAGAGUUCGAUGUGGACCUACAACAAGGAGAAGUGCUUGAUGGAGUACAAGAAGAUCUCCUUCGUGCCUGGUUUCUACAAGAUUUUCGACGAGAUCCUCGUCAACGCCGCCGACAACAAGCAGCGCGACAAGGGCAUGAGCUACAUCAAGGUCAACAUUGACCGCGAGAAUGGUGAGAUCUCCGUUGAGAACGACGGCAAGGGCAUCCCAGUGGAGAUGCACGAGAAGGAGGGUGUCUACAUCCCCGAGAUGGUCUUUGGUCAUCUACUUGCGGGUUCCAACUUCGACGAUACCGAGAAGAAGACCGUCGGUGGUCGCAAUGGAUUCGGUGCCAAGCUUUGCAACGUCUUCAGCACAGAGUUCUCCCUCGAGUGUCAGGACUCGUCGAACGGCAAGCGAUACAAGACGACCUGGAGGGACAACAUGAGCAAGAUGGAUAAGGCAAAAAUCACCUCCAACAAGACCAAGGACUUCGUCAGGGUCACUUUCAAGCCCGACUUCAAGAGGUUUGGCAUGCCGGAUGGCAUUGACGAUCACACCGAGUCCCUCUUGUACCGGCGAGUCUAUGAUUUGGCCGGUACUGUUGAAGGAGUCAAGGUCCAUCUCAACGGAGAACAACUCAAGCUCGGAUGGAAGAAGUACUGCGAGAUGUAUGCCAAGGCCAUCGCAACAGAGCGCCAAGACGUCGACGCAGACGGGAAUGGACCCGCCCCUGCCACAGUCAUUUUCGAAGACACCAAGGCUCACCAAAGGUGGCAGAUUGGCUUCACCGUCUCAGAUGGUUCCUUUCAGCAGGUCUCUUUCGUCAACUCGAUUGCAACGACUGCUGGUGGCACACACGUCAAUUACAUUGCUGAUCAGAUCUGCAAUGCCCUCCUGAAAGACCUGACCAAGAAGAUGAAGGGCCACUCGCUGAAGGCAAACCAUGUCCGGAACCACAUCUUCAUCUUCGUUAACUGUUUGAUUGACAACCCUGCCUUUACAUCUCAAACCAAAGAGCAAAUGACCACCAAGGGAAGUGCCUUCGGCAGCAAAUGCCAACUGACUGAUGGCUUCAUCAAGAAGAUCAGGGCAACGGAGGCGAUCGAGAAUAUCCUUCAUUUUGCCGAGAAGAAGGCUGACAAGAUGAUGUCCAAGUCGGACGGAAACAAGCGGUCCCGCAUCAGCAACGAGAAACUCGUUGAUGCGAACAUGGCGGGCACCAGGAAUGGCCACGAGUGCACUCUAAUCCUGACUGAGGGUGACUCCGCCCGAGCUCUGGCUGUGGCGGGCCGCGCUAUUCUCGAUCCUGAUCGCAUCGGUGUCUUCCCUCUGAGGGGAAAGAUGCUGAACGUGCGUGAUGCUUCGAUAGACCAGAUCAUGAAGAACGCAGAGAUCAACAACAUCAAACAAUUCCUUGGACUCAAGCACAAGACGGCGUACACUGAUACCAAGAGCCUUCGUUAUGGCCACCUAAUGAUCAUGGCCGAUCAGGAUCACGACGGUAGUCACAUCAAGGGCUUGCUCAUCAACUUCCUUCAGGUCCAAUUCCCCUCACUGCUCAAGAUCCCGGACUUCUUCCGGGAGUUCAUCACCCCGGUGGUAAAGGUUUGGCAGGGCCCCAACCCAAAGAAGCCUCUCCAUCUGAAGUCCUUCUUCACCAUGCCCGAAUACGAGGGAUGGAAAGAACGACACCAUCAAGAGAUCAAGAGAUGGCACUACAAGUACUUCAAGGGUCUGGGAACCAGCUCCAACGAGGACGCCCAGGUCUACUUUACCAACUUGGAUGAUCACUUGAAGGAGUUCCAGACCAUGAAGACAGAGGAGGCUGAGCUUUUUGAGCUCGCUUUCUCCAAGAAGAAGGCUGAUGCGAGAAAGCAGUGGCUCGGGAACUUUGUCCCGGGAACCUUCUUGGAUCAUUCUACCAAAUCCAUCACAUACACCGACUUCGUCAACAGGGAGCUCAUCCUGUUCAGCAUGGCUGAUAACCUGCGGUCCAUUCCGUCCGUUGUGGACGGUUUAAAGCCAGGCCAGCGCAAGGUCAUAUACGCCUGCUUCAAGCGCAACUUGACGAAAGACAAGAAGGUUGUUGAGUUGGCUGGAUACGUCUCCGAACAGACUGCCUACCACCAUGGUGAAAUCUCCUUGCAGCAGACAAUCAUUGGUCUAGCCCAGAACUUUGUUGGAUCGAACAACAUAAACAUUCUGGAGCCCAGCGGUAACUUCGGUUCUCGUCUUGCCGGUGGUAGCGAUUCGGCCAGCGCUCGUUACAUCUUCACGCGCCUGUCCCCUUUCGCCAGGCGUGUAUUUUCUCCACUGGACGAGCCGAACCUCGAGCUACAGUACGAUGAUGGCAAGCAGAUUGAACCGAAGGUUUACGCGCCAAUCAUUCCCAUGGUUCUCUGCAACGGUGCUGACGGUAUCGGGACGGGUUGGAGCACUUCUAUCCCAAAUUACAGCCCGAAAGACAUUGUGAGGAACCUCAAGAGACGUAUGGGCCGCAGUGAAGAUUCAUCAGAAGAGCUUCCCUUCGAGCCAAUGACUCCUUGGUUCCGCGGCUGGAAGGGAGUAGUCGAGGAAGAAGAACCAGGCACGAGGAGGUACAGGUUCAACGGCAUUGCGGGUUUCGACGACAGCCGGGCCAAGACUGUUGUCACCAUCACUGAGCUCCCCAUCCGCAUGUGGACGGACGACUUCAAAGCCAAGCUCGAGCAGAUCAUCAAGGGCGAAAAGGCUGCAUCCUGGAUCAAGGAUUACAAGGAGUACAACGACCACGCAAAUGUGCAUUUCGAGAUCGAGAUGGACGAGACCCAGAUAGAGAAGACUCGGAAGGAGGGCAUCCUCGAACGAUUCAAGCUGAACAAGAGCCUGGGCACCACCAAUCUCGUUGCUUUUGAUGUUCGCGGACAGAUCCGGAAGUAUGAGAAGGUUGAGGACAUCCUGGAGGAGUUCUACCUGUACCGUCUUGAAAUGUACUCCAAGCGAAGGGCAUACUGGCUCAAGGUCUAUCACGCGGACUAUCGCAAGUUGAAGAACAUGGCCCGAUUCGUCGAGGAGAUCAUUGAGGGCAAGUUGGUCGUCUCCAGAAAGAAGAAGGCCGUCCUGGUGGAGGAGCUUCGUGACCGCAAGUAUGAGGCCUUCCCCCGGGGUGAGAGCGUGAAGAAAGCUCGAAACACGGACGAGGAGAUGGACCAGGAUGACGACGAGGACAACGAGGACCUCACGUCUAAUGAACCCGGCGCAGGAGAUUACGACUAUCUUCUUUCGAUGCCCAUCUACUCCUUGACCGCUGAGCGCCUUGAGCGGCUGAAGAAGCAAAUCGCUGCCAAGAAGAAGGAGCACGACGACCUGGAGAUGCUCGAUGAGAAGGAUCUCUGGUCCAGGGAUCUUGACGAGUUCCUCGAGGAGUGGGAGCACCAGCAGGUCUUGGAUGCCGAGAUCGCGAAGAACAUUCGGAACAUGGGUCGUCGCCGCUCCAAGAAGAUUGGGGCUGGAGGCGGCCGUGGCGGCAAGAAGGCUAACCGUGGUGAUGACGAUUAUGACCCUGGCAAGACCGCCAAGGCAGCGAAGUCGAUGAAGAAGGAAAUGACCGUCGUCAAGAGGCCCGUCGAGCCAAAGAAGCAGGGCGCUGCCUUUGCUCAAAAGUUCAGCGGGGCAAAGCCGAAACCCAAGACCUACGGCAACGACGGAGCAUCGUCUGACUUCUCUGAUGAUGACUUUGCCGCAUUGAGCAAGAGCAAGCCGAAGGCUGCACCUGCGAAGAAGGUGCCCUCUCCUGAUGAAGACGUCAAGGAUGAAGAUUCAGAGAUCGAGGAAAUCUCUGCGCCGGCCAUCAACCGCUCCAAGCGCGCCGCAGCAGCCAAGGCCAAGUCAUAUGCCAAUGAUGGGUCAGACUCGGACUUCUCCGAUGACGACUUCGCUACGCUGAACACGGGAAAGUCCGCCCCGGUGAAGAAGCCAUCUCCAGUCGAAUCUGACGUCGAUGAUGAAAUGCCUGACGCAGAAGAGCCGGAGGUGGAGGAGCCCGAGGCCGAGGAGCCUGAAGCGGAAGAGCCCGAGGCCGAGGAGCCUGAAGCGGAAGAGCCCGAGAUCGAAGAGGUCACUGCACCCGCAAAGAGCCGCUCUAAGCGUGCUGCCGUGUCGAAACCUUCUCCUGUCGAAUCUGUCGUCGAGGACGAAGAGCCCGAGGUUGAGGAGGUUGCCGCGCCCGCGAACGGCCGCUCCAAGCGCGCUGCCGCAUCAAAGAAAAAGGCCUGGGUCUUUGAUGAUGACGACGACGAGUCCGAGGGUGACAACGGCGAUGAUUUGCUCGGAGAUGUUGGAGCCAUGGUUCGCGGGAUCGGAGAGCCCGCUGCGGCAUCGAACAAUGGCAGACUUAGUCUGUUUGCCAUGUCACGAUCCGAACAUGGAAAUGCCGCUAUCCCCAAGCUGAAGACGAAACAGUCGCGCAACUUCGACUUUGACGAGCCCGAUGACACCAACUACGAGCUUCUCGCCAGGUCGUCGCCUCACAAGCCGACGAGGUCAUCUGACAUCGAUGACAUGUCGGAGAACGAGGUCCUCCCUAGCACGACCACAGCCAAAGCCUCCUCAGCGAAGGCGAAGCCUGCCAAGGCUCCUCUGAAUGUCGUCUCCGCCCCGGCGAAGAAGGGCCGUGGGCGUCCGGCUGGAACCAAGAGCAAGGGCAAGGAAGAAAAGCCUGCGAAACCUGUGCAGCUGUCUCCAGCUGCCAAGGCCUACGCAGCGAAGAACAAGACCUCCACUGCUGCAAGCAAGUCCAAGAAGAAGUCCUUCGACUUCGUUGACGACGAGGAAGAUGGCGACGGGGACGUUGCCAUGAAAGAUGACUCCCCGCCACCACCGCCACGUGCUCGUCCGGGCCGAGCGGCGGCUGCCAAGGCCAAGAAGACGUACGCCAUCAUCUCAGACGACGAUGAGGACGAGCUUGUAUCUGACGGCGGCGGAGGUGGGAGCGAUGUUUAUGACAUGGACGGCUCAGACUGA